AUAGAUGAAAUUCUCGGUAAACGGGAAUCCAUCAACCCACGCCACGUGCUUGAAAGCUCUCACGUCCCCAAUAGCGAGUCACCGGAAAUGUUGGAACUCGAAGGCGAUAUCCUCGAGAAAGAUGCCCUAGAUGAGGAAAUCUGCCGAGCUGCACAAAAACAAAGGCAAGGGACUGCCCAGAAUGUUUCUCCUCCAUCCGAGUGCACGGUGCCUUCUGAUGGAGAUGAAUCCGAUAACGACCAGUCACUUGCCUUUGCAGAAUCCCUCUUUUUUAAGAGUAGAAGCAGAAAUAAAAAGCCUUUGGCAAGCACACCGGUACCGAAGAGGCGCGAGGCUGAUGUGGAAAAAAAGCUACCAAGAAAGCGUGCAGCUGAUGCAGCGGAAAGGCCAUCGAAACAAGGCACAAAAAAGGGAAAAGCCGGAUCAUCAGGAGUAGCCGAGCCAACCUUGAUAUCAUUUCUUGAACGCUCACAAGAAAGGGACGAAGCUUUUAUGGAGCGGAUGGCUGAAGCCGAGAGAGAAUACAGGAAAGAUCAGCAGAAGUUUUCCAUGGAUGCCCUUGCUAUGCUCGGAAACAUCCUCAAGGACGUUAGUAAAGGAAACGAAUGA